AUGCCCUGCGACCCCGAGGGGCUUUUGGGGCCAUUUCGGGGGGCGCCGCCGGGUCCCCCCGAGGAGGCGCCGAGUGACCUGGAGGAGCUCGAGCGCUUCGCCCGCGCCUUCAAACAGCGCCGGAUUAAAUUGGGGUUCACACAGAUCCCCCCACACCCCCUGAAACCGCUGCUGGAGACCUGGCUGAGGGACGCAGAGUCGAUGUCGCUGGACUCGGCCCUGCCCAGCCCCCCCUCCCUGGGCCCCCCCAGCCUGGGCGCCUUCGAGGGGCUCCCGGGGCGGCGCCGCAAGAAGAGAACCAGCAUCGAGACCAACGUCCGGUUCGCGCUGGAGAAAUCCUUCCUGGCGAACCAGAAGCCGACGUCGGAGGAGAUCCUGGGCAUGGCGGAGCAGCUGCACAUGGAGAAGGAAGUGAUCCGCGUCUGGUUCUCCGCAGAUACCUCACGGACCCCAAAACCCCCGGAAUUCGCCCCAAAAUUCCAGAAAACUGUGAAAAACUAA